GCCCGCCGUGCCCUGCCCAGCCCCGGGGCAGGAGGGGCGGCUCCGCCCGGUCCCGCUGCCCGAGCCGCCGCAGCCGCUCCCCGCUCUGCUCCUGGCUCCGGAGAUGCUCAAGGGCUCUGGGACCUGUGAGCAGCUGCCACAGAGGAAUUGUCCUGGCAGAGCCUGAAGGAAUCUGGGAUCACAGCACUCCCCAGGGUGCUCUUGUCUCCUCUGCCUAUGGAUGCUGCUGGCCCCAAGGACACAGCUCCUCUCCCAACACCCAGCUUUCUGGAAAUAAAAAUCCCCAGAAGACCCAACACAUUUUCAUCCAGGAGUGCAAACCAUGACUGAACAUCCAAGGCCUGGACGUGCUCUGCGAUUCUCACUCUGUCCAGGAAAAAGAUGUCCAACAACACAACAGAGGCCUCCAGCAACGCUCCCGCAGCUGUGCUGGGCCUGCUCCUGGGAAGCAUUUCCCUGAUCACCAUUGUCAUGAACAUUUUAGUGCUCUGUGCUGUGAAAACAGAGAAGAAGCUGCAGACUGUGGGUAACUUAUACAUCGUGAGCCUGUCCAUCGCGGAUCUGAUUGUGGGGGCGGCCGUGAUGCCCCUGCACAUCGUGGACCUGCUGAGCCCCGAGUGGCCCCUGGGGCUGGCAGCCUGUUUGUUCUGGCUCUCCAUGGAUUACGUGGCCAGCACGGCCUCCAUUUUCAACCUCUUCAUCCUGUGCAUGGACCGCUACCGCUCGGUGCAGCAGCCGCUCAAGUACCUCAAGUACCGCACCAAAAUGAGAGCCUCGCUGCUGAUCCUGGCCGUGUGGCUGCUCUCCUUCACCUGGGUCGUGCCCAUCCUGGGCUGGCACGUCUUUGCCAACAAUGGCACGAGGGAGGUGGCGGCAGACAAGUGUGAGACGGAGUUUUUCCACGUCACCUGGUUUAAAGUGCUGACGGCCAUUUUCAACUUCUACCUGCCCUCCCUGCUCAUGCUGUGGUUCUACUUCAAGAUCUUCAGAGCUGUUCGAAAACACUGCCAGCACCGAGAGCUCUCCAAUGGAUCUUACUGGUCUGCCGUGGAAAAAAACCUGCAUCAGACCAAGACCAAGGAUGAGAAAAAUAUUUGCCUCCAGAAGCAAAUCUUAGGUGAGAACAGCCCUGGCACAGACAAGCAAAGCUCCCCAGAGCCCCAAGGAAUGGAGGCAAAGCUCCGUUUCAGCCAUCCUGACAAGGCUUCCGAGGCACUGAGUAACGGGAAGGUCCCGAACUGGAACUGUUUGUCUCUCAGCACAGCCAAGCCUGAGCCUGGCUUGGAGGAAGCAGGGAAGAAGGGGGUAUGUGCCUCGAGAAAAGCUGGGAACAAGGAGCAGCCUGACAGCCAGGACAGUGACUCCAGCGUGGCCUCGGAGCACACGUUCACUGAGGUGAUGCCCCGCGCAGAGCCCAGCCCCACAGAAGCCCGCUGCCCUCAGGGAAGGACGGAGCGCAGGGACUCCAGGGGCCUGACACUGCUGAGGAAAACCUGGCACACCCUGCACAGCCAUCCCAGGAGCACCCUCCGGCAUGGCAACAGGGAGAAGAAGGCAGCCAAGCAGCUGGGGGUGAUCAUGGCAGCCUUCAUGCUCUGCUGGAUCCCCUACUUCGUGCUGUUCAUGGUGGUGACGUUCCACGACCAUCAACGGCUCUCACAACUGCACAGGGUCACCAUAUGGCUGGGCUACAUCAACUCCACCUUAAAUCCAUUCCUCUAUCCUCUCUGCAACCACAAUUUCAAGACGACUUUUAAAAAGAUCCUUCACAUUCAUUGAUGCUGGCCUGGGGUUCUGGAGCUCAAGUGAAGCUCAGGAGUUGAACCAAACAAAAUGUUCCAGUUUCACAGGAUGGGUACAGUAAAAGACUUUGGCAAACUGCAAUUCAUAAAGAAGUGUUAGUGAAAGUGGGAAACGUGCAUUUGGUAGUUUUAAUGCAUUUCAAGAGCAACUUCAGAUCAAGAAUCUGAAAAACUCAAGGUCAAUAUAUGAACUGUUACACUGUUGUCAACUUUUACCACUUAGAUCACCACUUCCAUCACAGAAAUGGAGAUACAAAUAUAUGUUCUCAGUAAUUAUAAAUUAUUCAACCACAGAAAAGGAAAAAAACACAAUUCUGUGAUUGGCCAAAAAUAUUUUUUACUUUCAGUUUACUCCAUUAAAGAUUGCUUGUGAAGUGAGAUUUGCAAGUGGAGGUACUUUGCACAGUCAAAGAAAGAACUUCCAAAUAUUUAAAAAAAUUUCCUUAUUUAUUUAUAGCUUCCUCCAAAUCACAAACUUUUCAUCAAAUGUCAAGUUUUAGUGUGUAUCCUACUGUAUCUCUUUGAUCUCAUGCUUAUAUUAACUGUACAUUAACUUUGCUGGAAAAAAAGUAGACUUUUUAUGUCCCAAAAGAGUUUCCAUGCUCAAUAUACUGUCACCAUCUGCUCCAGAAGGGUGUGAUGCUGUUUCCAGACUCUCAGAAUAUAGUUAAUUAUACAUUAAAUAUGUUUACCUUUUCUACCCUUUAUAUUUAAUUGUAGUUCAUAAAUCUUGCUGUCAAAUAUUUCAGGAGAAAAACACAGUAAUAGAAUACUCACUGCUGGAAAAGAGACCAAGAAGAUGUUGAAGUGCAGCUGAAAGCUGAGCUGGCUUUGAUGUUACAAAGAAAAAAAAUAAAGUUCUCUCAUUCCUUUU